GGAAGACUCAGGAGUCCUAUGCCCGUGAGGUCCAGGCGCAACCUCUACGAGACCUGGUGGAGUGCAUUGCGGCAAUCCGACGGGGCUUGUUCCACCCUGACCGGACGCGCAGCGGCAUGGUGACUCAAGGUGCACUGGGAUCUCAUGUCAAGUUCGGCGGGGUCGGGGCACACGAGUUUGAGUGCGCCCCUCCCUCUGAUUCGGCAAACUCAAGUGCACUUGAGCCGGCACAGAACGAGAUCCCUCGUGAUUCGCUGCGUGAGGAGGCGGGAUCGCCCACCAAGGAUGGGAGAGCAUCCUCUGGAUGCCAACAUGAUGUGGCUGAGCCCCAGAGUGAAGAGUAUGAGAGUUCUGGGGAGUCCGAAGGGGACGUUGCCUAUGAAAAUUUUGGUAAGGGGAUCACGCAGGAUGUGAUCCCCGAUGUAAAUAUGGGCCCAGAUCUUGACAUCUUUCAAAAUCCGAAAACCAAGAGCUUGCACGCUCGAGCGCGGGGCUCAACUGGCAAGCUGAUCUGCGGCCGAUCACUUGACAAUAUGAAGACCUUUCAAGGCGAGACCCCUUCAGAGGAGUCACUGAUCAGCCUGAUUCAGGCCGGGGAAGCUGAGCCAUCGCGGGGAUCGAUUGCGGCCCUACGCCAUCUGGUUUUUGAAGCGCAGACCUUAUUAGUAAGCCAGACCAAAGCCCUGGUCGAAAACCGGGAGGCUGAAACCAAAGAUCUCGCGCCAGCCGAGCGCAGGGAGCGGAUAAAAACCCAGUCUCAACGAUUGGCAGGCAUCACCAUGUCCGGCCAGAGUGAGUGCAGUUUCGCAUCCUACGACUUAUGUAUGAAAUUGCUCACAGAGAACUGUGUUUCUUACCUGGCUCCAUCGAAAUUUAUCACGCGCGAGGCUGAACUGCGUGCUGACAAACCUCGCAAGGAGCUUGACGUCCAACACUCGACUCUGAUCGUCAAAGAGCGGGAGCCUGACCAAGUGCGCGACACUUCUACUGCCCUCAGUCUCCAUCAUGCCCUUCAUCGUCGCAGCCUCGCUCUUGACUUAAUUGGGGUCACUGACAUAUCAAGGUCCAGGCCUUUGUGGAUUUUCUCCUGGCGCACCUGCAUCAGGAGCCUGCCGCAGGCAGUCGUGCCACCACAGUUCAACAGAUACUGUUGGCUGAUCGUGCUGCCUGGCUUCGCCUCUCAGAGCUCACGCCGGACGGGAUCAGGCGCGACGAAGCCGGCCGGCUCCCGCUCGACGCGCUGUGGAAUCGCCUUGAGACGGACCCCAAGGUCCAAGGUCAUUUUUCACCUUCUUCCCCGUGAAGGUAGCACCACAGGUCCGGCUAAACGCACCAGUGAGCAUCUCGCAGAUUCGGAAGCUCCCUCGCCAGGCAAGAAGCAACGCAAGGGCAAGGGCAAGGGCAAGGGCAAAACCAAGACCCUGCCCGAGGAGCUCAAAGGCCUGUCAUCCUGGACCAAGACGAUUUUGUUAACACGAUUCUUGAGGCCAGAUCUUCGGUGCCUCUGCGUUGAAGCUUCUUCGACUGCCCAGGUGUUCUGUCUGUUCCGUCGUUUUCCAUGA